GCCGGUGACCCUGGCGCGGCCUCUUAAAAACUAACAAGAGGUGGCAGAAGUGCGCUGUAGAUCUGUCAUAGGUUUCUGAUGUGCUCAUAGUAUAUGUUAUGUGCAUGUUGUAAGCAGUAGACUGUAUAUAUAUUAAGUCUAGAAGUAUGAGUCAAGAACACAGACGACAUCGGAGAUCGUACAGUGAUGGACAACGCCCCAAAUCUCACCAUCUUCCGCUUCAGGAGAUUCCUCGAAAAUAUGCAGUGUCACAGAACGAUGAGAACCUGAAGGUGUUGGACAGUCCUCCAUUGCGAAGAUCGAGCUCCAUUCAAUCUCUGAAUGCAGACUUUGUGGAUGCAGCCAGUGACGACUCUUUUCAGAAAGAGGUAGCAGAGAAAACACAGCAAUAUUUUGUUGGAAAGCAAGAGGCAGAAACUGAAGUGUUUAUAGAUAGAAUUAUAACGAAACAAGGCGGAAAGGACCGUGCUCUGUUGUUCAUUGUCUCGGAGGUCCCAAACGAAAAUAAGGUACAAAUGUUGAUUAACAGUUUACUCCAUCGAGGCGCCAAUCCGUCGGCUAGCAAUAAGGACUUGUGGACUCCGUUACAUUAUGCUGUCAAGAGAAAUUAUAAAGGCGUCUGCUCUAAACUACUAGAACACGAGGCCUGGCCAGACGCACGAGAUAAAAAAGGAGUUAUGCCAUACACGCUUGCAUACGAUGCCGGAAAUGACGACAUUGCGUCAAUGCUCAUUACAUGCAUGAAAAACGAAUUUGUUCGACAACUAUAUAGCAGUGGCGGGAAUGACGCAGCAGAAUUUAGCUUCCAUGAUCUUCUAGAAAAAAAUAUGCUGAAGACAACCCUAGCUGUAUUGGACUGUAUGAUAGAUCCUGUAAGCCCUAGUGGGGAUGUUUGUGUUUAUUACAAUGUACUAGAGGCAGACCAACACGGGAGAGUACCGACGGAUUCCAAUUUCAAUCCAAGAUCCAAAUCAGGGCUCCAGAUUAUUGCAAAGAGUGGUAAUAAAACUGUAGUGUAUCACGAUGUCGUUCGUUUACUCAUCCGCCGGAAGUGGAAAGAAUAUGCAAGGCUCCGUUUUCUAAUCAAUUCGUUAUUUUACAUCAUCACCUUAUUUACCAUCACCUUCUCUGCUAUUCUGGCCAGCACCUUGCCGGACCCGGCGGUGAACGACCUUUCUGCACUACACAUUGCAAGAGCAGUCUGCGAGAUAUGGUCACUUGGGAUGGCUGUUCUGACCCUGUUCUCUGAAUUAAAUCAACUUCGUAAACAUCGGUUGGAGUAUUGGCAGGAUGCUUUUAAUUGGAUCGAUCUGUCCUCGUCCAUCCUGAUCAUUCUGAUCCCUCCUCUGCGUUUUGCCCGGAAGUCAGAACAGUGGUUUGUGUUUUCUGCUGCCUAUCUUCUUUGGACAUUGCGGAUAUUUAAGUAUGCCGCCGUGUUUCGACAAACAGGAGCAUACGCUCAGAUUUUAUGGCGGAUUUUGAUUCACGAUUUCAUCCAGUUUACAACCUUCUUCCUGUUCAUCCUCUUAGCUUUCAGUGGGUGUCUACUGCUGUCUCUCCGUGGGGAAGGAUCAUUGGAAAAGUUUAGUGAAGUCAGCUCCUUUUGGUCUAUCUUUUUAGUUGGAGUAAGGAUAUUAAUUGAGGCUGAACGAAUCAUAGAAUAUACUGAACUUCCAGUGAUGAGCUUGAUCAUAACGGUGGCCUUCUUGUUUACAAUUUGCGUCCUUCUUCUGAAUAUCCUGAUUGCUCAACUUAGCGACACAUACCAGAACAUCCAGAAAGACGCUCAACGUGGUCUAGAGGUCAACAGAGCGUGGAUUGUCGCCAGGGUGGAACUAAACAGCCUGUAUAUUGGCAAGGGUCACAGAUCAACUCAUUACAAAGAAAGUGAAAGCAUAUAUGAUGUUAGAGAUGUCUUGGAAAAGUGGGAAAGUCCACCAUUAAAUGAAAUGAACAAGUGUAUCCAGGAUAUUUGGGAUAGUCUUGAUUCUCAUAAAAUGAAUUUAUUGACAGUAAGAAAUAGAUUAGCCCGGCAGGAAACUACGCUUUCCAAAAUUCAGGACACGCUGGAUAAACUAUUGGAAUUGCAGGAAAGGGGGCAGCAGACUGCUAAUGGUUGCAAUGUUUCAUUUUAAGCAUCAGAACGACAUGUUUCUAGUUGUUACUACAUUGAUAAAAUCACAACGUCAGUGGGGAAACACUUGUUGCAUUAAUGAAGAUGUCAUUUUAUUUUUGGGAUUGUGCAUAAAUUCAGAGGAUAAUGGACAAUGACGAACAUAGACUAAUAGUCAAUUUUAUUGUGACAAUAUCAUUACGUGUUGAGUAGUAAAAUAUACAAAAACAA